CUCUAUAGAGGAAUAUUGUACCUAUUUUGUAUUGGAACAAUCAGUAAUCGCGAUGCACCAUGGGUACAUUUUUUCACCAAACUUGAAAAAUGGACAACUGGUCGACUGACAAGAGCACGGCAUAUUACCGCUCCAGAGAUCCCAUUAACAACUUCAGGAUCAAAGUGACCCUCCACCGCAUCACCUCGGCCACCAUCAUCCCCCAGCACAAUGUUGUUCAGCAGGAGGGGCGGAGUCAUGUGGAGAUGGGAGACAUGGGCAGCAGGGCUUCCAUGGGACCACGCCCUGAUGACAGAGAGGAGUUUACCUUUCAGUGGCAGCAGAAGCUGUUCAGUCAGAGAGAAAUGGAUGUGUACAGCAAUAAGAGCAACGUGCUGACGUACCUAGAUGAGAAGUACAACCAUGAGGUCACCUCACUAGAACAGAAGGGAGGUCGACCCAACAAGCGGAUAUUCUCCUACGUGGAUCACGACAGGUUUACUAACCUGGAGGAGUAUGACACCAUGACAACAUCACCCAAUGAGGACCAGUCGUUUCUUGUGGAGCGGAUGAGCCAGGUGCGCAGGCGCAGACAUGCUGACAGAGGAGGAAACAUCCCAAGGAAUAAGAACUUAGUGAACAUGAAGCCGACUGAAGACUUCAUACGUAACAACCACGUCAUCAACACACCACAACAGACCAUGUACAUCAUGGCUGAUCUCAGUGCCAGGAACAGAACCCCUGAGCUGUCAGAUGAAUACGUCCUCUGCACAAUACAGGUGGAUAACAAUGGAGUCAUCAGUAUCAAACCAGACUUCAACCGCAGUCGAGGCCCCUACAGGCUGGAGACGGAGGGGGAGAGACGAGAAAUCUAUGAAUACACACUGCAGCAUGUGUCAAAGGCUAUGAGCAGCCAAGAACAGGACAGAGAACAUAAGAUGUACAAAGAGCUGUAUGCCAAACACAUAGAGACUUUAGCAGCCAGUGUGGGUGAACAGUUUGAAAUGCCCCCUCCAGGCAUCCUGAGGUUGAAUCUGUAUGGAGAAAUAGUUUCUGCCAGGAAUUUUGAGUAUGACAACCUGCACAUCAACUUCUUCCUCGAACUGCCAAGAAACUGGACCGCAGACCAUGGACAGCAGUUGUCAGGAGUCACCCACACUGUUGCCACUAAAGUGGAGGACAGGGAUAAUGUGGCCUACUUCUCCUACCCAUUUGAGUAUGAGGUUUUCUUCAGAAAUGAAACAGAAGAUGACAUGCCCCAGUGGCCGCUACUGUUCCUCCAAGUCCUGUCUGUGGACUCCUGGCAGAGGUACCGUACAGAGGGGUACGGGUACUGCAGUAUUCCCUCAGCUCCAGGUGUUCACCAUAAGACCAUACACACCUGGAGACCAGUGGGUAACAGCCUGGUGGAUCCCAUGAGGAGAUUUUUUGUCGGAGGAUCACCGGAGUUGGAGGAUCCGACAUACACUGCGGUACCAACCACGUUCGACGGACAGAGACUCAGCAAGUUCGGCUUCCGUACAGAAUCAUCGGGCAGUAUUCAGAUCAAGCUGUACUGUGUACAGCAAAGCCAGGCAUUUUUGGAGACCACAACAAAGAAGAGGAAAACAGCCACACUACUGGACAGACUGGGUGGCAUGAGUGCACAGAGUAACAUCAUGAAUGUGUUGGAUGCUUUCCAGAAGGCCAGGAAGAGGAUGCAGAGUGCCAGAGAAAACUUAGCCAGCACCAUGGGUGCAGCAUAGCAGAUGUACUGUCACUUUAUUUCAACAUGAUGCCAAGUGUUUAUGUCAGCCUUGUUCAAUGUCUCAUUGGAACAGUAUAUGUAAAACAACUGACUGAGGACUUCCUUGGAACAUGGGAACAUGAGGAGAGAAAAAAUAACUGUAACUGUGUAUUGUUCUUUGUAAAUUACAUUGAAGAUAUUUUUUGUAAAUUCUAUCAAUCAAUCAGCUUCACUGUCUAUAACGUCAUCUGCAAAACUGUAAGUGUAAAGAGUUUUGGUACCCCUGCUAGCUACAUGUACAUGUAUGUAUUUCAUAAUAGCUUAUCGAUUUUUUGAACCUCUGACAUUUGUAUAGUCUGUGUUGUGAAUAAAAUAUUUUUAUCUCA